AUGUCUCCAACACAUUCGCCCAAGCAUUCAAGAACAAAAAAAUAUGCCCAUCAUACUCAAAAUUAUGUCAACGAAUUUUCUUUAGAAUUUCUUGAUGAAUCUCAUAUUGAGGCUUUUGAAAAAGCUCUCGCCAAAGACCCUGAAGAAGAUGAUUUGGAACAUAUAUCAGCUAUAUCGGAUUUUAUGCCAAUUAGACAAAAGGUUAAAAGGAAGAAACCAAAAGUUCCUAGUGGUUUUGAAGGAAUCUCUUAUCAUAUCGUAAGGUUCCCUAUGAUGUUGAUUAUUUUUAUAAUCAUUACAAUUGAACUUUUACUUUAUUUUUUGGUACGUCAAAUCGUUAAUCUUUGGGAAUAUUUUGUCCAAUGGAGAGGCAAAAAAUAUUUUCUCAGAGAAAAACUUCGACAAACCACCACUUAUGAAGAAUGGGUAGAUUCUGCAAAGAAACUUGACAAUUAUUUCAAUUAUGACGAAUGGAAGGGAGAAAUUCCAUUUGGAUAUUAUAAUUUCAAUUUAAUCCAAAAAGUAAAUAGAGAUCUUAUAAAUUUAAAAUCUGGUCCAAAUGAAAAUCCUGCUCGGCUAAAAAGUGUAUUGCUUGAUUGUGUAAAAAAUAAUUUCGCGGGUGUUGAAAAUGUUCGAUUAUAUUCUCAAACUUAUUAUGUUACUGAAGCUCUUGAUCAUUUACGAACAACAAAAUCGUUAUCAAAUGAAGAAAAGAGAAGACUUUUUAAAUAUACUCAUAAGAACUAUGGUCGUACCGCUUUAUGUCUUAGUGGUGGUGCAGUUUUCGGUUAUUAUCAUCUCGGUGUGGUUAAAGCUCUAUUUGAUGCAGACGCUUUACCUACCGUACUCACUGGAACAAGUGCCGGUGCAUUGAUUGCUGCUCUGGUUGGAGUGAGAAAAGAUUUUGAAUUAUCUCAAGUAUUAAAGCCUGAACUUAGUUCACGUCUUACUGCAUGUGCUGAAGGAUUUCCCGGUUGGUUUAUACGGUGGUGGAGAACAGGUGCUAGAUUUGAUGCUGUUGAUUGGGCGAGAAAAAUCCAAUGGGUUACAAAAGGAAGUUUAACAUUUAGAGAAGCGUAUGAAAGAACCGGAAGAAUUUUGAAUAUUUCCGUCAUACCUUAUGAUCCUCACUCUCCCUCUAAAGUGUUAAAUUAUAUAACUGCUCCCGAUUGUGUAAUUUGGUCUGCAGUAAUUGCAAGUGCAGCAGUUCCGGGAAUUCUCAAACCAGUGGUUUUGAUGCAAAAAUCGAAAAAUGGUAAUCUAGUUCCAUAUAAUUAUGGUCACAAAUGGAAAGAUGGUUCAUUACGUACCGACAUUCCUACUCAGCCACUCCACAUGCAUUUUAACGUGAAAAGUACUAUUGUCUCUCAAAUGAAUCCACAUGUUCAUCUAUUCUUUUAUGCUCCUCGUGGUUCAAUCGGUCGUCCUGUCAGUCAUAGACUUGGUAGAGGAUGGCGUGGAGGAUUCCUCCUAGCAAGUGUAGAGCAAUAUUUGAAAUUAGAUCUUAGUAAAUGGUUGAAAUGGAUUAGAGAUCUUGAACUUUUGCCAAACAUCGCUGACCAAAAUUGGAGUUCAAUUUGGUUACAAAAAUUUGAUGGGAAUGUUACCAUUUGGCCGAAAUCUAAUAUUUGGGAUUUUCUGUAUAUCCUUACAGAUCCAACUUGGGAAAGACUUAGUCAGAUGAUUAGAGUUGGUCAACGUGCAACAUGGCCUAAACUUCACAUGAUUGCUAAUCGAUUAAGAAUUGAACGUGCUAUUCAAAAAGGUCGAGCAGCACUAAGACGUGAGGAAAGAAAACGACAUAAUAAAAAUCGUAAUUGGGAUAAUCAUAGUAAUGGAGGAACAAUUCAAAAUAUUCAAAAUGAAGAUUCAACUCAUACAAAUUUGAUAUUAGUACUUACAAAAACAGAUAGUGAUAGUGGAAAUUCUAUUGGAGAUAUUAGAGAAUCUGUAGGUUUGGAUGAGAGAUCUUCGCUAACUGAUUCAACCAUAGAUACUUCAACAUCAUCAUCAUCUGAUUCAGAAAGUGUUAUGACUCCAGAAGAGGGUCAAGAUUUAUUAUAA